ACACCCUCUCCAACUCUCUUCACAAAGCUCUGGUUCAUGGGAACUCCAGAAUUAACACACAAUGAAACCCUCAUCUCUCACAUCUCUGGGAACACUUCAGCGCUCCACCCAUCCAUUCUGACCUGUGGUGUACCACAUCCUUGGGCUGCAGUGGUGGACGAGAGAGAAAAGAAAAGCCUUUUUUUUCUCUAAUGUUAUUACCUCUACUCCGACAGGAAAAUUAGCCUUGUCACCAGCCACUGCCUCCACAGCCUGACGAACAUGAGAAGAUAGAGGAACACCGAACCCUCCCGCUCCGUUUCCCGCUCCCGCUUAUCUCCACCCAGCCCAGUAAGGACACUGGGAAGCCCAGAUUUAAAGUAGGGAUAGAGCCAGUAUGGAUAGAGAGGAGAUCGAGAGGCAGCAGCCCUGCCACAGCAGACUGUCAUAUCCCUGUGAUCUCAACUAGCCUAGUGGCUCCUGCGGCAGUGAAAUUCCAUCAAGAGAGCUGA